AUGACGACCCCCGACGCUGUGGGUUCAUGUACUGUGUGCAACAAAACUAAUGCUCGGCUCUGCGGCCGAUGUAAGAGUACCUUGUACUGCUCGAAAACAUGCCAACAUGUCGACUGGCCUACUCACAAGCUCCUCUGUGCAACUUUCUCCAAUUUCGACGUCUCGAGCCGACCAACUGACGAGCAUCUUCGAGCGAUCCUCUUUCCAGUCGAUGAAAAGAAGCCAAAAUUCAUCUGGCUUCAUUGCAAGUGGCAUGACGAUGACGAAGACGAAGGCAUCAAGUUUCAGUAUCCCGACGCCAAGACCUUUCUGGGCCCUAAUUCUUUUCCAAGGCCCGCGACAAUUCAGUACAAUCCGGUUCUGAAGAGACAACUGUCAGACACAAUAUACGUCUCCUUUCGUGACACAUUCCUCAUCGAUGGAUCAAACCCCAACAACAGCGUUGCAGCCAUCACUGCUACCAAACCCGGAAGAUACCAUGACUGGCGAGGCCCGAUCAUUUCCUACGGCAAAGUGGGUCUCGGAGUCGAUCAGAGCACUUGCAAAGACCUCGACAUGAAUGACUUCCGACACAUCACUGACUACUUCCUCUCGUACGGUUACGAACCUGCACCACCUACCCAGCAAUCCCCCAGCACAAAGGUCAAAGGUGUCAAGAUCAAUUGCAUCGGCGAUCAGAGGACGUUCAACAAACCCCAAUUCGAGGGAGUUGAGAUUCCUUCGACGGAUCCCAUCUUCUCCAAGCACGACACCUCUGACAUUGCGAAACGCAUCGGACUUCCCAUCUUCACAAGACGUUGCCCCCCAAACUCAAAGUGGGCGAACGACCAGGAUAAUGAGAUGUUCCAAGACCAGAACCCUUUCAACAACCAGGACGCUGCAUUCCUCCACGUAUGCUGCGAUCCGAAAGCCAAAUUCAAUUUUCGCACAGGAGCAGUGGGUUGGGGUUGGGCUUCCCCGCAGUGGCAGACCCAUGUGGGAAGUGCGAUUGUCGUGCGUCAGGACAAGGAGCCGCUGUUUCCAUUGCAUGCAGAGGCACUGUGCAAGUACUGUCACUAUGAGAUCCGCCCGCUUCUAGCGCACUCUAUGGGAGAGUAUGCACCAGAAGAACCAAUGGCAAAAGAUACAGUUCUGGCUAUGAUCUGUCGGCCAACCUUCGUAAUCCACUGGUACAAGCUACUGGAUGAGAAACGCAAGAAAGGAGAGAACGCUAGCGCUCCUUUCCCUUACGACAUGCAGGGCUAUUGA